AAAGUCCCUAUUACCUUACACGUAACACGCUCACCCUCACAAUCCUUUACCUUGGCAGUCUCAUCGUCGUUGGAUAGAUUCUCGGAAAUGAGGCGCCUUGCUGGGUGGUAUUUCGCCGCGCUAUGGGUUUCCUGGCUGAGCUGUUCAGGUACCUCCGAGUUAGACCCUACCCAACAACACCAAGCAACUGUCGCCAUGGAGACAGCCCAACAGGCAAUUGAAAUAGCACACGAGGAAAUGAAAACAUCAAUUGAACUCAUCAAAGACCUAAGAGAGAGGUCCAAGGAGGCAACAGCAGCAGAACUACUGACGAAGCAGACUAAACUCUCCAAGUACGCUUCCAUGGUUGGUAAGGCUCUCCGUGCUGUACAAGCUGCGGCAACAAUCGCUAAUUUUGCGUUCACGUUUUUCAUGCCAAGUGACCUGGAUGUCAUUACAAGCUUAAUAAAUGAACGCUUUAAAGAGGUAAAUGCCAAACUCGAUAGCCUUGGCGAGAAACUCGAUGAAAUGGAGACAUCAAUCAAGGCAAACAGCGCAUUUAAUAACUUUCUGUCUACAUGGAUUACUUGGGAGAAUGCGAUCAAGAAUGGGGGAAAGAAACUAAAGGAUAUUCGCAGAGCUAUGGGCACUAAAACCAGAAGAAUAGAACAAGUAAAACUGGCUGAAGAAUUCNGAGAGGUCCAAGGAGGCAACAGCAGCAGAACUACUGACGAAGCAGACUAAACUCUCCAAGUACGCUUCCAUGGUUGGUAAGGCUCUCCGUGCUGUACAAGCUGCGGCAACAAUCGCUAAUUUUGCGUUCACGUUUUUCAUGCCAAGUGACCUGGAUGUCAUUACAAGCUUAAUAAAUGAACGCUUUAAAGAGGUAAAUGCCAAACUCGAUAGCCUUGGCGAGAAACUCGAUGAAAUGGAGACAUCAAUCAAGGCAAACAGCGCAUUUAAUAACUUUCUGUCUACAUGGAUUACUUGGGAGAAUGCGAUCAAGAAUGGGGGAAAGAAACUGAAGGAUAUUCGCAGAGCUAUGGGCACUAAAACCAGAAGAAUAGAACAAGUAAAACUGGCUGAAGAAUUCGUGAAUUAUUACGAAAAUAACAAUUUAGAUGGCAACGUCCUUAACAUGUACAGAUUCGCAGCUCUUCCAGAAGGCAUAACCGGCCAUAACCUCUUUGAUUUGUUCAUUGAUGAAUACGGCUGCGACAUAACAAAAUUGUCGGAGCUAACGUUCUUCAUCAAAAACAUAAUGAUCAGCGCUUCCCAGCAGACACUGACAUACCACUACUUUAAGGGUGACGCACAGCGGGCCAAUCAAGGAUUCCAAGAGGUUAUGGGGUACUUUUUCAAGAUUCGCAGAGAGUUUGAUAACAGGGUUUGGGAAUGCAAAAAAGACUCUGUUAAAAACGCUGAGAAAAAAGCCAACAAAAUUUUGAAGGAGAUGAAAGAAAAAAAUCAGCCACACGAAAUCAUCGUUGACGCUAUAUUUGAUGAACUAAAAACACAGCAUUCUUGGUACACCUGGGCUGUAGCAGCUGUCAAAAAGGAUCGUCCCCAUUUUGCUGAACUUCAUUGGCGUGGUCAAGCGAAAUUUAAGUUAGACAGCGCUGAUCCAGAGUACUACGUUGUCUACCAAGACGCCCAGGAUCCUGCUAGCACCUGUUCGAGCAUCCCACAAAUAGGGAAUUUAUUGGUUUUCAAAGGGUGCGACGGAUGCAAUCACAAUUACAUCUACGCAGAUGAAAACAUCUUGUCUCAUAAGACAUGCUCAAGACAUGAAUUGGUAAAAAUGGUUCCCAUUGAAGAUUUGUGCGAGGAAGCGACAUCGCAAGAGCCGUCGUAUCGUUCGUGCAUUUCAGACUUAAAAAGACAAAUCAACGAGUGGGACUUCAUUUCAUCUACGGUAGAUUACUCCGUCAAAAACAAGCACAAUUGUGGGUCAGACAAGUGUCAAGGUCACGGUCAUUGCGUGGUGAUACCAUUUACACAAACACACCAAUGCAUUUGCCGCCCAUACUUUGAAGGUGAAUCUUGUGAAGUCCCCGCUGACUUUAAUGACGACAUUGAAAGAAUGUUAGCCGAUCUGAGGCGGUCGUUUAAUAUUAUGAAUGGCGUUCCCACUGCUGUGGACGUAUUCUUUUCGGUCAGAUCUUUGUCUCGGAACUUAGACGAAGUGGUGAAGAAGAUCCAGGAUUCCAAGGGUUAUACGAACAAAAUCGUACAGCACUCACAAGUUAUUUACAACAUCGAAGACAUUGUAGAUCUCUACGCAAAACUGCAGACGAACGACGUAACUUUCAAUCAAUUUGGGCAAGACGUCAACAGGUAUUUGCAAACUAUCACUACCAGUUUUCAACUAAGGAACAGACUGAAGAAAAUGAUCCUUGGUCAAGGAAUUUUAGACAGCCCAGGCAAAGAUAUUUAUAAUUCUUAUAAACGGGACUACUUCAAUGAUAAUGGCGGCGCUGGCUGCUCGCCGGGAUACAAUGAAGCAGUCAAGAGCUUCAGAGACAAGUUGGCCUAUUUGGACCAAGCACUCGGUGAAGCUCUGUUGCUCCACAAAAAAUGGCUAAUGGAAACUAAAGGGACAACUGAAUCUCUCCGAGCCAAGUACAAGAAAGAAGCCAUGUUCAUCCACAACACCUUCAAAGGUCGUCAACGAAUCUACAGCCGAUACUGGAAGUCUUACAGCUGUGGUAAUUUAACUGUUGAUGGUGCAAAUAUUAAUUGCAAGGACGAACUAACUUUUGAAGGGAUGACACUGACUGUAAAAUGCGACAAGCAAAGACAAGCAACAAAUGGAACAGUGACUUGCAAAAAGAAUGGGGACAUCUUGAAAUGGGACUCUCAACCAAGAUGUAAAUUUGUUUGGAAUACAUGGGGUUCAUGGGGUCAAUGUUCCAAAACUUGCGACAGCGGGACCAGGCAACGCAAAAGGUCUUGCAUGGGAACAAACAAUACCAACGACUGCGUAAGAGAUCAGGGCGGAGUGGAUCAUGAAACUGAAUCCUGUAAUACACAAAAAUGUUGUUCUGCCCAAUACGACAAGUUUGAUUGUUCCAACAGCAAAUGCAUCUCAGCAUCUUGGAAAUGUGACGGAGAUAACGACUGUGGAAACAGCCACGACGAAAACAAAGCCCAAUGCCCACACUAUAUUCGUUCAGGCGAUAUAGUGGCCCUGAAGGAAACGAAAAAAUCUGCUCUAUGGUUGGGUUGUUGGGGAAUCUGCAGGUUGACAAAUUGCCCCGGGUAUAAUCAAGAUUUGAGUUCAUCCGUAUGGAAUAGUUGUAAUGACAAUCUUUUCAGGGUCUAUUUGAUUGACCACCAGGAUGAGAAACCGGUUAAAUAUGGUGAUCAGAUACGUCUCGAGAGAUUAGGUUUGAAUCGCCAUGUAAACUGUUGGGGCAGUGGUAACGGAUGUGAACUAAGGGAGACCUGCAUCGGCAACAGCUGGUGGGACCACAACAUGAACUGUCGCGGAGCCGUCUUCUGGAUAUAUUCAACGGAUAGCAGUCGCCAUGGCAACCAAUGUUCAUCCAACACUCAAACCAACUGUCGCGGAAAACCCUUACAGCAAGGAGACGAAGUCUAUCUGCGGUACUCGAUUAACGGCAACGUUGCGUGGUGGCUCAGUCAUUACGGCGAUGGAAUCACUACUCAAACCUGUCCUGGUCUUGAAAUCACGACGCAUGAAAGUGAUGGCUGCAGCUCAGAAGGCUGGACCAUUUAUCAUAAAUAG